GCUGCAUCCUACUACUGCAACAAGCUGGGGUUUGAGGAGCUGGCGUACCGGGGGCUGGAGACCGGCAGCAGGGAAGUGGUCUCACAUGUCAUCAAGCAGGACAAGAUCGUGUUUGUUCUCUCAUCUGCUCUCAACCCAGGAAAUGAGGAGAUGGGAGAGCACCUGGUGAAGCACGGUGAUGGGGUGAAGGACAUUGCCUUUGAAGUGGAGGACUGUGACUUCAUUGUCCAGAAAGCCAAGGAGCGCGGAGCUGUGGUGGUGAAGGAGCCCUGGGUGGAGGAGGACAAAUUCGGGAAGGUGAAGUUUGCAGUGAUCCAGACGUAUGGUGACACCACCCACACCUUGAUCGAAAAGCUCAACUACAAGGGCCUUUUCCUACCUGGGUAUCACCCACCUCUCUUCAAGGACCCCUUGCUGCCAAAGCUACCAAGUGCCAAGCUCAGCUUUGUUGACCAUGUUGUGGGGAACCAACCUGACCUCCAGAUGGUUCCAGUGGCAGACUGGUACCAGAAGAACCUGCUCUUCCACCGCUUCUGGUCAGUGGACGACAAGCAGGUGCACACUGAGUUCAGUGCCCUGCGCUCCAUCGUGGUCACCAACUACGAAGAGACCAUUAAGAUGCCCAUUAAUGAGCCAGCACCUGGCAAGAAGAAAUCCCAGAUUCAGGAAUACAUCGAUUACUACGGUGGGGCUGGAGUCCAGCACAUCGCACUGAACACCUCUGACAUCAUUACAGCAAUCACCAACCUGAAGCAGCGAGGCGUGCAGUUCAUGGAUGUGCCAUCCAGCUACUACCAGGUGCUGCGGGAGAGGCUGAAAACUGCCAAAAUCAAAGUGAAGGAGAACAUUGACAAGCUGGCGGAACUAAAAAUCCUAGUGGAUUUUGAUGAGAAAGGCUACUUGCUCCAGAUCUUCACCAAGCCAGUCCAAGACAGACCCACUGUCUUUCUGGAGGUGAUCCAGCGAUAUAACCACCAGGGCUUUGGCGCUGGCAACUUCAAGUCUCUGUUUGAAGCGAUAGAAACGGAACAGGACGCAAGAGGAAACCUGACCAUCCUGGGGUCCAACGGGGAGACCAGGCGCAUGUAGAGGACAGCAGAAAACACCACCCUCAUCCCCAAUGAGCUGUUUGACAAAGGAAUGAGGAAAUGGCCCAUAUUUGGUAAAGAGCCCAGACCUAAGUGUCAUAGACCCAAGGAAGCUGCUGCCAAGUGGAGAUGUGAAAGGAAUCAACAGGUCAACAUCUAUCUCGACCCAGCCCCAGCACUGCCCUCCAGUGACUUCUUAGGAGAGGGAGCAUGGGAAAUGGCAAAUGCUCUUCAAGAGCAGUUUAAUAUGAUCCAAAGCAACAAAUCUUUAAAGGGCAGAUGUAAGGCAUGUGCCAAAGACAUGCAGCUACGGAGGUAGAUGGAAGGAACAGCUUAGAGAGCUUAAAUUUAGGCUAUCCAAAGUUUUUCUGGUAAUUUUAGCUACAAGGGAAGCUGGGAGAUGAAAAUCAUGGAGGUGAUUGCCUCUCUGUACAUCUCAUUUUGUAAGAUUUUGGUUUAAUUGCUUUUAGAUUCAAUCUUGAAUUUGCUGAGAUUAAACACAUGAUUUUAGGGUAGCUACAACAUUCUGGAGUGAGAAUCAGAUGUAGGUGUUGCAGCCUUCCCAUGGCACUGCAGCCCUGCUCUAAUACCUGUAGACUCCUGCAUUAGUGAAGGGUUGGGGAUUCUCCCAUGUUUCAAGAGGCAGUUGCUGGAACUGGCUCAGAUCCUUGGCUGCCAUGUACAAAGCUCCCUCUGGGCAUCACCAGUGUUGUCACUGUCCUUUGCAAGGGGCCUUCCACCACCAACACAAUAAAACUCUUUUCUGUCACA